GAUUGGUUGGCAUUCACGAUGUGCUCAACACCAUAGCGCAGGAACCAUCUUCAACGGUCUAGGUCGGCAGUGAGCUGCCUGUUCCGGUCAGGCGCCCGGUGGGCCAUGCGACCAUCUAAACCCCCACCACACGCGCAUCUCGACCAUCUCACAUGCACAGCGACACGAGACAAAAUCCAGCGAUUUCCGCCCCUCGUCAGCGACCUCUGGCAAUAACCACCAGCGAUACACAUUGUUUGCCCAUUAUAUCCUAGCCACAGUCGCUUUCUCACAACAUCAACAAAGCGAUUCAUCAAGUUUCAACUUCAUAAGACCCUGCACAACCACUUGCCCGCCAUGGCCGCCGCCCAGGACCUCCCCAUGGAUCUCCCUAUAGUCGACCUCGAUGUUUUCCUCAAUGAGCCGCGCGACUCCGCCGCUUUCCGCGACGAGUGCGAAAAGGCUGCGACUGCCCUCAUCACCUAUGGUGCGCUUGUCCUGCAUGACUCCCGAGUCGCCGAAUCCGACAACACUACUUUCCUCGACUUGCUCGAGGACUACUUUGCCCAGCCGACCGAAGAGCUCAAGAAGGAUGAGCGUCCAGAGCUGAGCUACCAGAUCGGCGUCACUCUUGAGGAUACAGAGAAGCCCAAAUGUGCAGUUGACGAGCCCUGCCUGCAGGUCAUCCAGCGCUUGGCAGAAUCUGAGCGCCCUCUCGACAUUACAGCACACGACCCCGACCCAAAAUGCCGUUUCUUCUGGCGCAUGGCCGAGAACCCGCCGUACGAGACCGAGUUCCCAGGACUCAACGCCCCUAACGUCGUUCCCGAAGCCCCGCACAUUCGCGAGCGUUGGCCUCCUGCCAUGGACAAGUGGGGGACUUCAAUGAAGCAGGCCGUUACGGGCCUGGCAGAGAUGGCGGCGGUCGGCUUGGGUCUCCCUGCCGAUGCUUUUAGCUCUGCUGGCAAGUAUGGACCUCACCUUCUCGCACCAACGGCCUCCGACUUGGUCAAGUACGGCAAGCCGGAUACCAUUCUUGCUGGCUUCCAUACAGACUUGAACUUCCUGACCAUUCACGGUCGGUCUCGGUACCCAGGCCUGCACAUCUGGGCGCGCAACACGGGAAAGAAAAUUGCCGUGAAGAUUCCCGAGGGCAACUACUUGCUCGUCCAGGCCGGAAAGCAGUUGGAGCAUCUGACGGGAGGUCUCAUCAAGGCAGGCUUCCACGAGGUUGUGGUGAAUGAGAAGACACUCGCCGUGAUUGAGCGCCGCAAAGCCGAGCUCCCCGAUCGCCCGCUCGUCCGCAUCUCGUCGACGUUCUUCUGGCACUUGUCAUCAGACCACGAUCUCACUCCUAUUCCUCAACUAUCGGAGCAGGCGCAAAAGGUCAGGGCUGAGCAAUUUAACCUGGGCAGGGACGAGGGCGAAAAGGUCGAGUAUGCGCCCAUGAAGGUGGGACAACAGGUGCAAGAGGAGCUCAAGCACAUUGCUCUGAUGACAUGAUGAGAAACAAGAUUCGCUGUAUUAUGAAAGAGCUA